AAGGGUGCUCACAGAAUUUGUUAUAAAUCAGUCUGGAGACCCUCCAGUUAUCUUGAAGCUGUGUAUCUGCAGGAUUUUUUCCCUCUGCUUUGUGUUGAUAGGUCCCUGGACUCUGAAAAGCUCCUCUGUCUGUUUGACGAACAGAAGAUUUGAAGUGCCAAAGUGAUAGCAAUGAAUAGUUUGAAGGCAAAUACCCUGGUGCGUUUCUACAAGCAGCUGAAAACUAUCUGUAGUCCAGCAGCAGUGCCAGCAGGACUCUGCAGCCUGGCCACCUCCACUCAUAAAAACAGGAAUGGUGCAUUGCAUCCACUCUGGCAGAGUCCGCUUACAAUCCCUGGAGGCACCCGACAGUCUCCUAUCAAUAUCCAGUGGAGAGACAGUGUUUAUGACCCCUUCCUGAAGCCUCUGAAAAUCAGCUACGACCCAACAACGUGUCUUCACAUCUGGAACAACGGCUAUUCAUUCCUGGUUGAGUUUGAUGAUUCUACUGAUAGAUCGAUAAUUGAUGGAGGUCCCUUGGAAAACCAAUACAGGCUAAAGCAGUUCCACUUCCAUUGGGGAGCUAUAAAUGACUGGGGUUCAGAGCACACAGUUGACUGUAAAUUUUACCCAGCAGAGUUGCAUUUAGUACACUGGAAUGCCGUUGUGUACCCAACCUUUGAAGAAGCUGUAAUGGAAGGUAACGGCUUGGCUGUUAUUGGAGUGUUUUUAAAGCUAGGAGCACGUCAUGAAGGGCUGCAGACACUGGUUGAUGCCUUGCCAGCAGUUAAACACAAAGACACUGUUAUUGAGUUUGAUGUCUUUGAUCCCUCCUGUUUGAUACCUUCAUGCCCUGAUUAUUGGACCUAUGCGGGCUCUUUGACUACUCCCCCACUUACUGAAUCAGUCACAUGGAUUAUUAAGAAGCAGCCCAUAGAGGUUGAUGAGAAUCAGCUGGAGGCGUUUCGGAUGCUGCUCUUUACUUCAGACGGUGAAGAAGAAAAGAGAAUGGUAGACAACUUUCGCCCUCUUCAGCCAUUAAUGAACCGAACCGUCCGUUCAUCCUUCCAAAGCAGGCAUCUCUUGAAUGCUGAAGAGCAGCCCAAGGACCAUGCUGAGCAGAUGAGGCCAUAGAUGGCCCAUGAAAUGUCAGUCCAGACUGCAGUACCUGGCUAUAACAGACUUAUUUUUUCAAUUAUUUUUCCUUUUUCUUCAGUAUAUGUCACAACAUUUCCACAGCCACCCAGCUUCAGUUCUGCUAAGUGCCAUUUGACUUUCAGUAGAGAAGCUGUGGAGUUUUUUAGUUUUCCUUUUUUUUUUUUUUUCAAGAAGUAAAUAAUAUUAACCUGUGACAAAUUGACUUGCUUUAAAACAGGAAUUGGUAAAGGAAGUAUUGACAGCUAAAGGAAGAAUAAGGGCAGGAGAUCUUUUCUGAAUUGUUCUUCCUCUUCUCUGAAUUGCUCUUUCUUUAAGUGCUCUUUCAAGUGACUUGCACAAAUCAGUAAUCCCAACUAAAAACGUCAAGCAGGAAGUGUGAAGAAGUGAAAAGUAUUAGGUUUGUGGUCAGUGGCACGAAGUCUAAUUGGAGACCUAUAACUAGCGGUGUCCCCCAAGGGUCAGUACUGGGCCCAGUAUUGUUCAACUUGCUCAUCAGUGGUUUGGAUGGAGGGAUAGAGUGCCUGCCAUGGGGAGGAGUGGCUGAUACCCUUGAGUGCUGUGCUGUCCUUCAUAAGGAUAUAGUCAGGAUGGAGAGAGGAACCUUCUGAAACUCAGCAAGUGCAGAGCCCUGCAGCUGAGGAGGAAUAACUCCAUGAACCAGCAUAGGCUGGGGGCUGACCUGCUGGAAAGCAACUCUGAGGAGAGAGAUCUGGGGGUCCUCGUGAGUUAUCCAUGAGCCAGCAGCAAUGCGCCCUUGUGGCCAAG